GUACUCGCUGAGGCGGUGGCCGCGCGCCGACGAGAGGCGGACGUACUUGGUCUUGGUCGUCGUGCAGUCGACAAACGACGUGCUCGAGAGCUGGUCCCAGUUGCACGGCGCGACACUGGCCAUCGCCCCGCGCUGGAACUGGUCGGUGCUCAGACAGUAGAUCAUGAACCCAAUCUGACGCACGUAGAUGCGGUUGUCGGCGAUGAGCCACUGCUGCAGCUCCUGGGACGCGUUGCAGGGCGCUGUGCGCACGGUGCCAUAGCCGACGUAAGGCCCCGACGGGUUGGGCACGGCCUCGAGGCACUGGCCGUUGCUCUUGGCCAUCAACGUCUUGCCCGUGACGUUGUAGACGAGGACUUCGUUGCUGUUGGCGCGGACGACGUCCGUAUAGACCUUGCCGUAGUACUCGGACGCGAUGAGGCCCGACGCCGUGCAGAGCUGCUUCUCCUGGUAGCGCGGCGGAAGCGGGCUCGGGCACGGCGUGAUGAUGGUGCGGAGGUUGACGUAGUUGGUCUUGUACACCUGGAUGGUGCAGUCGCCCGCGGGCGUGAAGACGAGGCGCUGCAGGUCGUUGCACUCGGGAUGGUCGCCAAAGCAAAUGCUGAGGUGGCCGGCCGUCGCGCUCAUCUGGAGGAGCGACUCGAGGAUCCAACCCGUGGGCCCGGGAAAGGCCUUGGCGCAGGCGUACGUCGCGUCGGUGAGCUCCUUGUUGCACGUGCCGGGCGGAAACUGCGCGGCGGCGGUCGCGAGGACCGCGGCAACGGUGAGGAGGCGCUGCAUGUUGUUGCAAAUCAAAAAUGA